AUGGAGGUCAGGUGUUUGCUGCUCAUGGCCGUCUUGCUUCCGACGUGGCCAACAUCACACGGCGAAGAAGCAAGACCUCUGAUUCCCGCGGUCAUGGUGUUUGGUGACUCUCUGGUUGACGUCGGUAACAACGACUACAUCCUCACCAUCGGCAAGGCAAAUUUGCCUCCCUACGGCAGGGAUUUCAAGGACCGUGUCCCCACGGGGAGGUUUCGCAACGGCAAGCUGAUGAUAGAUAUCAUAGCUGAAAAGUUAGGGUUUACUGCCUCUCCUCCUGCUUAUCUCAGCCCGGAGGCGUCAGGGCUCAACCUUCUGAUGGGAGCCAAUUUUGCAUCUGGUGGAUCCGGUUACUACGACCCUACGGCACGUAUUGCUAAUGUCAUCUCCUUGUCUCAACAAUUGGAGUACUUCAGAGAGUACCAAUCUAGGCUGGCAGCGUUGGCUGGGCACAGCUAUACUAACUCCACCAUCUCUAGCUCACUCUACAUCAUUGCAGCCGGCACAAGUGACCUAGGCGCCAACUACAACAUCAACCCUUUGCUCUAUAAGACACAGACCGCUGACCAGUUCUCCGACAGUCUUAUUGGUAGCUUUCAGAAAACUGUGAUGCAACUCUACGAUAUGGGAGCACGACGAAUCGGUGUAACGUCACUGCCGCCACUUGGCUGCCUCCCCUUGGCAAUCACGGUGUUCGGCCAUGGGAGCAACAGUUGUGUGCCGAGGUUAAACAGAGAUGCCCAAAUGUUCAACCGAAAGCUGGAUACCGUCAUCGACUCGCUAUCGACGUUGUACCAUGAUCUCAGGAUUAUGGCUUUGGACAUCUACACGCCUUUGUACAGUCUUGCUACCUCUCCUGGUUCACAAGGCUUCACGGAGGCGAGGCGAGGAUGCUGCGGAACAGGGUUAGUAGAAUUUACGGUGCUCCUUUGCAACCCCAUGUCAAUUGGCACUUGUCCAAAUGCGACAACAUAUGUGUUUUGGGACGCUGUUCAUCCGUCAGAAGCAGCCAACCAAAUGAUUGUGGACUCUUUCCUCCCAAAGAUCAUCGCCAAUCUGACUACAUAA